ACUAGACAAAUAAUAAAAGCUAAACAAAUAUGAAGAAACAAAGAGAAAUAUAAAUCUAGGGUUCAAAUUGUUCUACCUGAACCCCCAAAAAUUCCUAAUUUCCCUCCCUUUGCACAACAAUUCCCUCAAGAACCCCCACUUUCCCCUCUUUAUUGUUACCUACUUUCGUCCCAAAAUUUCACAUCAAAUCUUCAUUUCAAUUCAUCCUCAUUAACGAGCUGACAAUUCCUUGUUUUCGACGGGUCCUUUUGGUGUUUUGUUUAGUGGAGGGCUGAUGAUAUUUACGGGGGAUUAAUCCGAGGGGAAAAUUAGGUUAUAGAAGCUGGUUUUGCAUAUGUUAUUGUUAUUGUUUUGACUGGAUUUCAUGUACGGUGGUGGAAAUAUGGAGUCGGAAAGCACGAGUAUGGUCAAAUGUUGUGAUUGCGGUUGUAGCAAUCAUGAUCCUGGAAACGGAUCUUAUUCCGGCACUACAUGGUUACGAUCCGUGAAACGAAAAGUCGACGGGUCUGAAGAAGAUGGUGAUAAGUUCGUCAUACCUGGUCUUGUAAUCCCGUCUGUAGCGCGUGUGGAGAUUGAAAACGAGUGUAAUGCGUUGCGUGAAAUGGUUAGCAACCAACAACUCACGAUUCAAGAUCUUAUUUCCGAUUUAGAAGAAGAAAGGUACGCGUCAUCGUCUGCCGCAAACGAAGCCAUGUCGAUGAUCUUGAAGUUACAGCGUGAAAAGGCUGAAGUUCAAAUGGAAGCGCGGCAGUUUAAACGGUUUUCCGAAGAGAAAAUGGCGCAUGAUCAACAAGAGUUGAUGGCGUUAGAGGAUUUGUUGUACCGACGGGAGCAAUCGAUACAAUCGUUGACUUGUGAAGUGCAAGCGUAUAAACACCGAAUGAUUAGUUACGGGCUCACUGAAUCAGAAGCAGACGGUGAGCAAAAUUUCAUGACCCGUGAGAAUAGUAUUGCUAAAAAUUUAGAAAGCCAAUUCGAUUUCGCGUCGUACGACUACCCUCCGUUGAAAUGCAACAACUUGAACGAAAAUCGUGCGUACCCGGAUAACGAUAACGAAACAGUUGAUAUAGAAAAGUACGCGUUUGGUGAAACUCCACAUUCUUUAAAAGAUAUAGAAGAAAGAAUUAACGAGUUGGAAAGUCAAAGAAGUCCUGGUCAAAGUCAACCGGUUUUUGAAAAGGUUAUCGUUGGUUAUUCACCGAUGAAGAAACACUCGAGGCGAUCUUCUAGUGAUAGCGGUGGCUCGUAUUUCGCAAACGUGAAAGAAGAAUUGGUACCGGAUUUGAAUCCGGUUCUAAACGAUUUUCCGAGUUUUAAAAAAGUGGAACCCGUAACAGAAUUUGGAGAUGAAAAUUAUGAAAUGAGUGAUAGGAUUUAUACAAUCGACUCUAUACAUAAUGUGAACGAUUAUCAAAAGGCUAAUAUUGGUACUUAUGAUGAUUUUAUGAGCAGUCCUAAAGAAUCAUCUUCGCGUAAUGGAAUUGAAGAUCCGGAAGUUAAGAAACUAUACGCGAGACUUCAUGCACUUGAGGCGGAUCGGGAAUCUAUGCGGCAAGCGCUUAUUUCGAUGCGGACCGAUAAGGCGCAACUGGUAUUAUUGAAGGAAAUCGCUCAACAAUUGUGUAAAGAAAUGCCAGCAUCAAACAAAGCUCAUGCUAAGAAACCGUAUAAUGGGGUGGGCUCGUCUUUCUUUUCGGUGUUCAAGUGGAUCGCAUCAUUCGGUUUCUUGGGAAGGAAAGAACAACGAAACAAGCACAUUUUUAUUGCAUUGGCGAGCAGUGCGGGCUUGCUUAUGCUUCUCGACAAAAGACCUCAAAUAGGGCAAUGGAGAUGCCUUUCAAGUACAAGUUUGAAAAAGUGACGUUACAAGUUACAACUCUCCAUAUCCAUUUCAACAGAUUUUUAAUUUUUAUUUCUUCAAAUUAGUAUUCACAUAUAUUUCUUGACAUCGUGCCUUCGGGUGUCGUGUCUGGUUAGCUUGUGAAGCAUUAUCAUUCAUAAUGUUGCAAGUGUGGAUAUGGAGAUAACUGUUCCAUCUGCUCCUGUAUAUUGCUUGCAUUGCAGAACUACAAAUUCUAGUAUGAUUAUUCUGCAAGUGUUACCGAUGUGAGAUUUUGUUCACCGACAAUUUACCUUUCUAGUUUUUUUUCAUUUGUUUAAUGAAAUUAUGUAUAUAGUAUAUUUUUUGUGGAAUCAUUUUUCUGUUUGAUCA